ACCCGAACAUAAUAAAAUACUAGUAAUGGUCCAUAGUUGACGGGCCCAGUAGUGUGAUAUAUAAGUAGAGAAAUCGCGACAACAUACCCUGGGAAGAACACCACACCACCGCAGCAGCUGAUAAAGUCGAGACUAAGAGGGGGAAGCAUGUCGGACGCCGUGGAAUCGAUCGUCGGCCACAUCCAAUCUCUAUCAAGCUCGCCCAUCCAACUCGAUCAACUCCACCGCUUUCUCAAUCGCCGUGAAAAACAGCUUCGCUCCGAGUCCACUCAUUUGCUUUCUGCACUCCCUCAACUCGAUCCCUCCCUUCAUUCUCUCGGCUAUCUCUACAUUGUGGACGGCUACACUACAGCUCAUGACACAAAAGAGCUUCCUGAUGAAUUUGUUUCUAUUAUCGGAAGAUUUCUCAAUACUUGCUCCGCCAACCAGAUUCGCCUUGCGCCUGAGAAGUUUGUAGCUGUGUGUAGAAGGCUGAAAGAUCAGGUGAUGCUGAUCCAAUCCCCUAUACGAGGGGUCGCCCCUUUGCGGGCCGCUAUCAGGAAGCUUCAAGCAUCUCCUGAACAUUUAACUGCUAUACAUCCCGACUUUCUUCUUCUCUGUUUAUCGGCUAAGUGCUACAGAACUGGCUUAGCAGUCUUGGAAGAUGAUGUAUAUGAAGUUGAGAAUUCAAAAGACCUCCUUCUUUACGGCUAUUAUGGAGGGAUGAUUUGCAUCGGACAGAAGUGCUUUCGCAAGGCAUUGGAUCUCUUACACAAUGUCAUAACUGCUCCUAUGGCCAAUUUGAGUGCUGUAGCUGUAGAAGCUUACAAGAAGUAUGUCCUAGUUUCACUCAUUCACCUGGGGCAGUUCAUUCCUGACUUCCCCAAGUACAUUUCUGCAACAGCUGAAAAGAAUUUAAAAAGCUAUGCUCAGCCCUAUCUGGAAUUGGCAGUUACUUAUGAUACUGGAAAAGUAACAGAACUGGAAAGGUGUGUUCAGAAACACCAGGAGAGGUUUCAAAAGGACAACAAUUUUGGGUUGGUGAGGCAGGUCGUUUCAUCAACGUACAAAAGAAAUGUGCAACGAUUGACUCAAACAUAUUUGACUCUUUCUCUUCAAGAUAUAGCCGACAGAGUGCAACUGAAUAGUUCCAAGGAGGCAGAAAUGCUUGUUCUUCAAAUGAUCCAAGAUGGUGAAAUAUUUGCUACAAUCAACCAGAAGGAUGGAAUGGUUAGAUUCCUGGAGGAUCCUGAGCAAUAUAGAUCAUGUGAGAUGGUUGAGCGCAUUGACUCAUCAAUGCAAAGGAUGAUGAUGUUAUCAAAGAAGCUCACUGCUACAAAUGAAGCAUUGUCAUGUGACCCUGCUUUCUUGACAAAGGUUGGGAAGGAGCGAUCGCCAAUGCUCGACUUGGAUGACUAUGACCCUGCUCUUGAACACUUUAUGUGAAAUGAGAAAGUCUUGUGUGUUGAGAUGGUUAAAAAUAUAAUGCAAAGCUGUAGCAUCCUGCCAUCACUGUAAAAAAACUCUUAGAUACCACCCAUGUGUUGUCAUUGUAACCUUAGUUGUCAGUUUUAUUCCUAGGAGUUUGAAUUUGGUGAUAGAAAGUAACAGGUAGCUAGUCCUAGAGCGGUGCUUAUGUUCAAUUUUUACAAUUAAUUUUGAAAUGCAGUUUGACCAUAGAUAAUGAUGGACAUCAACAUGUGUAAAAAAAAUUAUGGAUGUACAUCCAUAUGAAUCGCUAUGGAUCGCUUUUGAGAUUCGAGUAA